AUGUACAUUAAUAAUAUAUCCCGUCGUUCUAUUAAUGACACAAAUUUUUUACAACAAAGAAAAAUAAAAUUUGGUAAUAUAAAAAAUUCAGUUAUUAAUUAUAUUAUUAAAAAAUCGUUAAAUUAUAAUAAUACUCUUACACAAUACUAUAAUUUAAAUGAAUUAAAUAAUUUUAAAAAGUCUAUAAAAAAUAUGAACAGUCAUAAUUUUUUGAAUAAUAAAAGUGUAUGCUAUAUAAAAAAUUUUUUACAUUUAAAUCGUAAAUAUCAUGCACAAAGACAACAUAUAUCCACUUUUAUAAAAAAAAAAUACACAUUAUCUUUAAUUAAAAGAAGAAAAAAAAUUAUACCCAAUAAUUGUUUUAAAUCUGGAAUCCAUAUAAAUAAUAUAUUCAAAUCAAAUUCUUUACCUAUAUCCUAUAAUUUCAAACUCUUUUUACAACCCAAUCAAACACAAUUAAAUAAUAUUAUUAAGCGUGAUCAAAUUAAAAACUUUAAAAUACUUAUAAAUAAGUCAUUUUAUUCUUCCACAACUAUACAUGAUGGAAUAAACACACACACAUUUCAUACCAAAAACAUAAUUCAAUAUAAUAAUAAAAAAUAUAAUACUUACAAAAUUAAAAAAAAAUUACUAAAAGGAAGAAAUAUAAAUACAGCUAUAAAUUAUGCCCACAGAAUACAGCUAUUGAGAAGGACGAUAAAAAAAAAAAAAAAAAAAUGGCUUAACAAAUUAGUAAAAAAAAAAAAUAAUAGUAAAAUAAUAAAAUUACAAUUAAAUAUCCAAAAAAGACAAAACAAAAAAUGUCUUAAAAAUUAUCCAACGAAUAGAAAACAUAAUUGUGAUAUAUAUAAAAAUAAUUUUAAAAAUCCCAAGCGCCCCAAAUGGGAUACUAUGCAAAAUCUCAAUACUCUUGAUGUUGAAAAUAACAACCAUAUAGACGAUAAUUAUUUAAAUAAAACCCUACAAGACACAAAUCAUAAUCAAACCAAUAGUGAUAAAACAUCCUAUAAAAAAAAUAAUAAUUUAUCAAAAGAAUUUGAUAAUAAUACUGAUGAAAAGACAUCACAAGAAAAAGCAGAAAAAAAUUUAAAAAAACAUGAUUUACUAUUAGUAGCUCUAUCUGGUUGUAUUCCAUUUAUUUGUUUUGGUUUUAUCGAUAAUUCUUUUAUGAUAAUUUCAGGAGAUUUAUUUGAUUCAACAUUUUGCACAAUUUUAGGAUUAAGUACAAUGGCUGCUGCUGGUCUUGGAAAUCUAACCAGUGAUGUCUUGGGAAUAUUUAUAGGAGGCUAUAUUGAAAAAAUGAUUGUAUGUAUUGGAUUCCCUAGAAUAAAUUUAACAAAUAAACAAUUAAAAAUGAAUCGAACACGAAAAUAUUACUACUUAGGUAGUGCAGUAGGUAUUGCCAUAGGAUGCUUACUAGGCAUGGUACCCUUACUCUUUAUAGAUAGCACAAAAUUAGAAGAAAAAAAAAAUAAAUUUAAAAAAAAAAAAAAAAAAGAACAAGAACUACAACAUCCAGAAAAACAUACACAAGAAAUUCAUAAUGAUAAUCAAAAUUCAAAUAAAAAAUUAAUCGAAUUUGUAUCAAAAAAAUUGCCACAAUAUAUUAAUUCAAGUUAUGCAUUUUUAUUUAUUUUUGAUAAAAAUAAAAAUCAAUUUUACACACUAAUUAAUAAUAACCUUAUUUAUAUUCCUACUACUCAUGAUAUAAUAUCUAAAGCACAUAUAAAAAAACAAAUUGUAAAUUAUUAUAAUCAUAAUCUAACCAAUAUAUAUACAAACCCAUUUGAUAUGACAAAUAUGAACAAGCAAGGUGAUUUGCAAUCCGUUCUAAAUAAAUCAAACCAUGCACAGGAUGAAAAUAAUAAUAAUUAUGAAAUCGCAAAAAUCAAUGACGCCUUUUUCAAACAUCAUGGAAUAAAUGCCAAUCAAGUUUUAAUUGCCCCUGUCUUUGGAACAAAUGAAUCCAUAAUUGCAAUAAUAACAGUAGUUAAUUCAACAAAAAAAAUCCCAUUUUCAGAUAAAGAUUCUCAUUUUCUAAAUUUAUUUUCAUCUCAUAUUUCUAAAGAAAUAGAAGGAAAAAGUGACCUUGAUACAUCACUAAGGUUUGAGAAAAAAAACACAUUUAAUAUUUAUAUUUUCAUUUAUAACAAUGUUAUAAAAAAUGUACAUUUAAAAAAAUAA